CCAAAACUGUCUUGUUAUCCGCAACAAACUCAACAACAGCAUAGUCUGUGCAUGUUUCCGAGGUCAAUUACAAUAUAAAUAGCUGCGGCCCAUCCUGUUGUUGUGGUCUUCCACGCAAUUGUGCAACUAUUUCCGAUAUUUAAAAGCUUUCACAUUCUGAUCGGCACUCUCUUCUCUCUUCAUUGUCAUAGUCCUCUGUCGCUACUACUAGAACACCUAUAACAACUACGACUGCGAUUGCAUCAACCCAUAUACGUACAAAAUUAAACAUCAAAUCAUCAUGGUCCGUGGAUCAAGAUUCAAAGAACACUUUGAUUACUAUGACAUUCAUGUCACCGCAACCGUUACUACCACUACAGCAGCGUCAUCGUCGCUAACACAACAAGCAAGUCGAAAAUCGUCGUCGCUACGGAGGAACAGCAGCCGACCCGCAUCGUCUGGCGCUGGCACUACUACAACCUUAUGCACACUCAAGCGGAGUCCGCACGUAAAAAAACGACAGUUUUCUCGAUCGCCGUCAAUUCAUCCAAUGUCUCGAUCGCCGUCAUGCCAACAACGUGUUCUUUCAGCAGCAAGCAAUACAGCAACACCGACGGCUACGGCGGUCGUGUAUCGUGCUUCAACAGACGUUUCUAGUCCUUCUGGUCGUACCAAGUUUGUUGAUUGGUGUUUGAAACAAAAGGCAAAGCUGCUGCAUCCUAACCGUUCUCAGCGACGACGUUCUUCUGUGACCAGCUGCCGUCGUUGACAAUCAAUCAACCAACAACCAAGCGCAAGAAAAAAAGCCAUCUAUUCAUCAUCAUCUUCUAUACCAUCGCCACCACCGCCAAUCAAUCAUACAUCCUAUUUAUUCUUUCCUUACACUUCUUCCGCGGAACCAUCUACAACGGAGUCGAAAAAGAAAAAUCGUUGUAAGACAGUAUAUAUGCAACUCCUUAUACAUAACACGAUUAUGCCUUUUGCUGAGUGUGGUAGAAAUGUAUACACACACAUAUAAACUCAUCCCCCUCAAUACAUCUGUAUGAUAAAUCUUAUUUUCCCGCAAAUAUGUAAAUGUUUUUGUAUGCAAUAUGCAAUAUGCAAGAAACGUACG